CGCUAUGAUCGAAAUUCCUCAAAUCGUCUCAGUGUCGGUUUAGUUAGGUUAAAUCGUUCUGCAAAAAUGGUGAAAUUUUUGCGACAAGCACCCCUAGUUGGAGUUUUGCGGCCUAUCUAUGAUAAGCCACUUGGAUAUAAAAUAAAAGUUUUGUGGAAAGAAUUUAAAAGGGUUAACCCUUCAUUAGCGUUUUUCGGGCCUCCUGGUUACUUGUCAGGCCUCGUUUUAGCUGUACUAACGACGUACCUAGCUCUAAACGAGAACCCUGUUAAGAAAUAUUAUGAUCAUAUUCGUAUUUUCAGAGCAGACGAUCCACGAGUCAAAACUAUUAGAACAGAUGACUCCAUAGGUAUGACUUUCUUAAACGUAAAUAACGCAAUGCUGCCUCAAGAUUAUUAAAAACAGAGGAAUGAUCAAUUAGACUUAAUAAUAUUGUAUAAUAUACUUAGUACACUUGUGUAAAUUGUACCUCUAUAAAUAAAUCCUUUGUGUUGAAAGGUA